UUAUCAAUUCACCGCAAUUCUCUGUAGCGCUCUUUUUUAUUCUUACAUUUUCACGAACACCCACGAAUCUUUCUCUCUCUCUCUACUGGUUAAAAAAAAAAAAAAAAAGGGACUAGCCAUUUCUGCUCUGUUCAGCUCGUAACUGGUUGUCUCAAUUUCUGCAAAAACAAACACAUAAUAUGUUAAACACACAGUAAAACAGUGCUUAAUGCACGUGCUUUUCUGUGUGUGUAUUUGUGUUUUGAGGUGAGGGGCAAUUUCUAUCGUUUUCUUGAAGGAACCCCUCGUGAAGUUCAUGUGAAAGUAUGGUGGACUAAAAAGAGAUCUGAGAGAAAGCAAAGCCAAGUACUAAAAAUACAGAGACUUUUUUAUGAUAGUAACGGGUCACUUGCUGCUUAGUUAGUUUCCCUCUUGAUUCAGGUGAGUGUAGUGUUGUUCCUUCCAACUUUGCUUUCUCUUUUCCACCAUUUUUGUCAGAAGAUAUGGUGACCCUUUACUGCUAAUUAAAAACUUAGGAAGUAUUGAUUGGUUGGUUAAUUCAGGUAAUUUUUGAAAGAAGAAAAGUGGGGUGGUUUGAGUUUGAGUUAAAUGUGCUGGUGGUGUGGGUAGUUUCUUGUUUUCAGCUGUAAAGGUGAAGUCUUUAUGCUCUAAUUGAGAUGGGUUUUUGUUAUUGCUUUGUUUUCUUUGUUGGGUAGUAAGCAAGAAUGGCAGCUGGCUAUGGGUUUGUGGGGGGUUUUGGAUUUUAAUGGCUAAUGAUUUGGUUUAGUUGGAAGCUGUAUAGUGAUUUUUGGGCUUAUUUGAUGGUUUUGGAAGGUAAAUUUCGUUUGAUUUGGUAGUUAAUAUUGGGAUAAUACUGGUGAAUUGUUGGUAGUCUUGUUAACUUGGAGUUUUCCAUAAUUGAGAAGAUUUGGGACAGAUUUGGAGCUAAUGAUGCAUUUGUUGAUGUGUAACCAUAGUUCAAGAAUAUUUCCGUUUAUGUGCUGAUCAUGACCAGGGCUGUCCGAGACAGGAUUCUUAAGGAUGCAAAUGGGAACAUUAGUGAUCACUUACGAAAUCACAUACAUUUGACAAAUUGUAUUCAUUUGAAGAACCAUAUGCAUAAGCAUAGCCCCAUAUUGGCAGAUAGGUCUCUUAUGAGGGACCUUGUCGUCCUUCAGAGGUCAAGGUCCUUAAGAGAUCCUUCAGCAAGCCCACCCUCAUGGCAAUCUCCUUCGGUUGUAGAUGCCCUUCUUAAAAGAAGUGAAAGGGAUGGUAAUGUGAGCAAUGGUAGGCGGUCUGUAGGCAUAGAUCGACCUAAGGAUGGUAGAGGUUUAUCUGGAAACUCUCCUCCUUUAGCUGGACGAUCAUCGUCUAGAGUGGCUUCUGCAGAUAUUAACAAGCAUAAUACUGAGAGGCUGGCAGGGGCUCCAACUGACCGAAGUAGCAAGAGUGGAGUUACAGAACGGAGGAGAGUCAGGAGAGAGGAAUCAAGCCGUAGGAAUGUGGGAACUGACUUCAUUGCUGAGAAAGAUGAGUGUCCGGAUGUUGGAAAUGAUCUGGUCCGUAAUCCUAUUUCUGGUAACUCUGAUCAAAGGGAUAGAAUUAGCAGUGAAAUAGAGAGGCAGAAGCAUGAUGAUCGAAUAAGGACCCUCUCUGAGGAAUUACAUGAUGUUCCAAUGGACAGUGAUGAGGUAGCUUCUUCUCACAUUCAUGCUCGUGGAAGGCAUACUCAAAAUGAGAAAACUGCAGAGCAAAUGGAGGCGACAAAUCGUGGCAACGGCAGAGGGAAACAGCGCAAGUUUCGAGGGGCAAGAAGAACUCGGACUUCUGUUCCUUCAAGAGAUGCUCUUGCCCACAAUGAAAUGUCUGUGGCCUCAAAUUCAUUAGGUCAAGCUUCAGCACGCCAAAAAUAUCCAGCAGAAGAUGGCUACGACGAGUAUGUCAACCAGAAUGUAACAAGAGAUCCAAGGAAUGGAUGUGGAAUUCCUUGGAACUGGUCAAGGAUUCAUCAUAGGGGAAAAUCAUUUCUUGACAUGGCAGGUAAGAGUUUAUCUUGUGGGUUGUCUGACCCAAGGUCAAAAAGAAGUGCUGGUGGUCCAAGAGGGAGGGAUGCUGCUGAUAUGCCAAUAAUGCCUGAAUACUCGAGUUCAUCUAGUAAAUCUGAGGCAGAGGCAUUGCCCUUACUAGUUGAUGCUUCAAAUUCCCAGGGCAGUUCAGACCAUCCUGCUUGGGUUCAUGAUUAUUCGGGGGAGUUGGGUAUCUAUGCUGACAAUUUACUAAAGCAAGAACUUGACUCGGAUCUUGCUUCAGAAGCUAGAUCAGGUGAGCAACACAAAUUUCGUAGGCGUGGAAAUAGUAGGCACCAGAGUCUAACACAAAGGUAUAUGCCAAGAAAUUUCCGGGAUCUGGUAGGACAAAAUUUAGUUGCGCAAGCUCUUUCAAAUGCUGCUGUUAAGAGAAAAGUUGGCUUGCUUUAUGUUUUCUAUGGGCCACAUGGAACAGGAAAGACCUCAUGUGCUCGCAUAUUUGCAAGGGCAUUAAAUUGCCAAUCCAUUGAGCAUCCCAAGCCUUGUGGUUUUUGUGAUUCCUGCAUUGCACAUGAUAUGGGAAGGAGUCGAAAUAUAAGGGAAAUAGGUCCUGUCAGUAAUUUUGAUUUUGAGAAUAUGAUGGAUCUUCUUGAUAAUAUGAUUGUUUCCAAACUGCCAUCCCAGUAUAGAGUUUUUAUUUUUGAUGAUUGUGACACACUGUCUCCUGAUUGUUGGAGUGGUAUUCUAAAGGUCAUCGAUAGAGCCCCUAGGCGAGUCAUUUUCAUCCUUGUAUCCUCAAGUCUUGACGUCUUGCCUCAUAUAAUAAUAUCUAGGUGCCAGAAAUUCUUUUUUCCCAAGUUAAAGGAUGCAGAUAUCAUCUAUACUUUGCAAUGGAUUGCAACCAAGGAAGAUCUUGAAAUCGAUAAGGAUGCACUCAAGCUUAUUGCAUCAAGAUCAGAUGGAUCACUGAGAGAUGCUGAAAUGACUCUUGAGCAAUUGAGUUUACUUGGUCAGAGAGUCUCUGUUGCUCUUGUGCAGGAGCUGGUUGGACUUAUAUCUGAUGAGAAAUUAGUGGACCUACUUGACUUGGCAUUAUCUGCAGACACUGUCAAUACAGUGAAACAUUUGAGGGAGAUCAUGGAAUCUGGUGUCGAACCCUUAGCUUUAAUGUCGCAACUUGCUACAGUCAUAACAGAUAUACUUGCUGGGAGUUAUGACUUCACCAAAGAAAGGCCUCGGAGGAAGUUCUUUCGACGCCAAGCAAUAUCAAAACAGGAUAUGGAAAAACUGCGUCAAGCUCUGAAAACACUAUCUGAAGCUGAAAAGCAGCUGAGAAUGUCAAAUGACAGACUUACUUGGCUUACUGCUGCAUUGCUGCAACUCGCUCCAGAUCAGCAGUAUAUGUUACCCAAUUCCUCAGCAGACACUAGUUUUAUUCAAAGUCCAUUAGGAUUGAAUAAUGCAGGGGGAACAGAAAGACCAAGGAAAAGCAAUGUUGAGCAUGCUGACAUGCUACACAAAGACAGAGGGUUCCCGUCUAAAGGUAGGAUAGAAAACUUUCAACCUGGCUGUUCUAGUGAUAUUUACUCGGACUCCAGGAUGAAAGGAGUUUGCAUUGGUGGAAAAGGGCAUAAUGGAGCUGGAGUAUUUACUCAAAAAGCUUGUAGCGUCUCUAGUGAUAAAAAUAGAACAAGCAGUGGCCAGGUUACAGGUAAGUUGCACCGGGAUAUUGAAGAAAUAUGGUUAGAAGUGCUUGAAAAUAUCGAAAUAAAUGGCUUAAAAGAGUUUAUGUAUCGAGAAGGGAAGCUUACGUCAGUCAGCUUUGGAGCAGCUCCAACGGUGCAGUUACUGUUCAGCUCGCAUCUAACAAAAUCCAAGGUAGAGAAAUUCCGGGGUCAUAUUUUACAUGCAUUUGAGUCUGUUCUUGGGUCCCCAGUGACAAUAGAAAUCAGAUGUGAAUCCGGGAAAGACAUCAGGACUGGACCAAUUGUGUUUGCUCCUCAUGGGGUGAGAAUGGCAGGUCCGGAUGAAAUCAGCAGGGCACAAGUAAAUGAUAGAGAAAGUUCAGCUUUUGCAAAGCUUGACUCAAGAGGAAUAGGUGAUAGCGAGAUAGUUGAAGAGGAAGCGUCUCCAAGAGAAUUGAAACACAAUGAUCAGAUCGACAGCAAUGCACUAUUUGAUAGGCGGAAUUUAGAAAGUGAUGUUCCGGGAGGGACAAUGUCAAUUGCCAAAAAUUCAUCCUCCAUUUCUGAACGAAAAAAAUUAGGAGACAGAAGCCAGAGUUUGAGUCUAGUUAAGAGCAAGGUAUCUCUUGCUCAUGUAAUUCAGCAGGCAGAAGGAUGUACGCAGCCAGGUAGCUGGUCAAAACGCAAGGCUGUUUCUAUCGCUGAAAAGCUUGAACAAGAGAAUUUGAGAUUAGAAGCAAGAUCAAGGAGCUUGCUUUGUUGGAAGGCUACAAGAGUCACCCGCCGAAAGCUUUCUCGAUUGAAAACAAGAAGUAUGAGGCCGAAGAGCUUACUGAGGUUUGUUUCUUGCGGGAAAUGUCUCUCUGGUAGGUCUCCAAGGUAGCAGUGAAUGUAUCAGAAGGCUUAGGGGGCAGAUUUCCAGUUUUAGUUCUACUAUUUGUUCAAGUCAAUCUUUGUUUAGAGGCUCAAUUUCAUUUUCCCAAUAAUAAAGUAGAAGAUGAGAAAUGAAAGAUGCAACAUUAUUAAUACAGUGUAUUUUAAUUUUUUUUUA